AUGGAGUUCUGGCUGAUUUCAGUUCCUCUGGACAAAGUCAGCUGUCAGUCUGUUGAGACACUCAAACACAUCACUGCCAAAACAGGUCUAGCCACAAGCUACAGAUUCCAUGUUCCAGAGCUGAAGGUGGGAACUCUGGAUGUGUUGUUGGGGGUCUCUGAUGAUCUGUCAAAACUGGACACAUUUACAGAGGGUGUGAUUCGUCAGACGUCACAGUGUUUGGGUGAGGUGAUGGACGAGUUCAGUGGAAAACUCCUGGAGAUCAUGUUAGUGAACAGAGAGCACAAAACCCACCAGAAAGAUCAGCAGUCACCACUGAAAUCAUAUUUCCAGAACGUGCACGUGGACUUGGAAACAUAUGUGACCAAGUUUCAGUGGGACAGAGCCAAAUACCCCAACUCACAGCCUAUAAAGACCCUCACUGACAUCAUCUCUAAACAAGUUUCUCAGGUGGACACAGAGUUGAAGUCACGCAGGGCUGCAUACAAUAAUGUGAAAGCCAGAAUUCAAAGCCUUGAGCACAAAACUGAAGGAAGAUUACAGACUCGCACGCUGACAUUCAUUGUGAAAAAGGAGGAUUUGGUUUUAAAUUCGGAGUACCUCACAACGCUGCUAGUUGUGGUGUCCAGGACGGCAUAUGCACUAUGGGAGAGGACCUAUGAAUCCAUGUCAAAGUUUAUUGUUCCCCGUUCCAGCCGGAAGUUGGUUGAGGAUGAUGAUGCAGGAAUUUUCACAGUAACGCUGUUUAAGAAUGCUGCCACUGAAUUCAAAGCCAAUGCCAAAAAGCACAAGUUUAUAGUGAGGGAAUACAACCUGGAUGAGGCAGAGAAGCAAAAGCAGGAGAUGGCCUGUCUUGCUGUGGAUAAGAAGGAACUGUAUAGAACAUUUAUGUGUUGGCUAAAGGUGAACUUUAGUGAGAUUUUUGUUGCCUGGAUUCAUGUCAAGGUCCUUCGUACAUUUGUUGAGUCAGUCCUCAGGUACGGUCUGCCGGUCAGUUUCCAGGCUAUUUUGGUACAGCCCAAUAAGAAGAGUGUGAAACAGCUAAGGCAGCAACUCAACUCUUUAUUCAAACACCUUGACCCAGCAGCAGUGUCGAGUAAACCAGAUGUGGGAUUUGAUAUCCCAGAUGUUACCACUGGACAGCAGGAAUAUUACUCCUACAUCUUUUAUCCAAUCAAUAUUAAUUUGGUGGAUCCAAGCUAG